CCGCACCCGCCGCCGCCUGCAUCAGCCCGCCCCGCUCCCGCAGCCCGCCCCGCUCCCGCAGCCCGCACCAUGGAGCGCCGCGUCGCCCGCGAGUUUCGGCACAAGGUCAAUCUAUUAAUUGACAAUGAAGCAGAGAAGGAUUACCUUUAUGAUGUGCUGCGGAUGUACCACCAGUCUAUGAAUCUCCCAGUGCUUGUGGGGGACCUAAAACUCGUGAUUAAUGAACCAAGCAGGUUGCCUCUGUUUGAUGCUAUCCGCCCACUCAUCCCAUUAAAACACCAGGUGGAAUACGAUCAGCUUACACCCAAACGAUCAAGAAAGCUGAAAGAGGUGAGAUUGGAUCGUUUGAAUCCUGAAGGGCUUGGAUUAAGUGUAAGAGGUGGAGUGGAAUUCAGCUGUGGCCUCUUCAUCUCCCAGUUAGUUAAAGGAGGACAGGCAGACAAUGCUGGACUUCAGGUUGGAGAUGAGAUAGUGCGCAUAAAUGGAUAUUCCAUUUCAUCAUGCACACACGAAGAAGUCAUAAACCUCAUUCGUACAAAGAAAAUCGUGUCCAUAAAAGUUAGACAUGUUGGCAUGAUACCUGUCAAAAGUUCACCAGAUGAACCCCUUAAAUGGCAAUAUGUGGAUCAGUUUGUGUCAGAGUGUGGGGAAGGAAAGGGCAGUGUUGCUGGACUUGCUUCUUCUGGAGGGAGAGACAAUAAAGAGAAGAAAGUCUUCAUUAGCUUGAUUGGUACAAAAGGCAUGGGAUGCAGUAUUUCCAGUGGUCCAACACAAAAACCAGGAAUUUUUAUCAGCAAUGUUAAGCCAGGCUCUCUUUCAGCAGAGGUGGGAUUAGAGGUUGGUGAUCAGAUUGUUGAGGUGAAUGGAGUGGACUUUUCUAAUGUGGAUCAUAAAGAGGCUGUCAGAGUGCUCAAGAGUAGCCGUACUUUGACUAUCUCUGUGGUAGCAGGCGCUGGAAAGGAGCUGUUCAUGACUGAAGAAGAAAGGCAAAGAGAGGCACGUCUCCGUGAGCAGGAGCGCCUGGAGUUAAUGCAUCAGAAGCGGCUUGCACUGGAGACAAACAAAAUCAUCAAAGAGCAGCAAGAGAAAGAGAGAUUAAGAAAACUGGAGAUUUCCCAGAAGGCUGCAGAGGAAGAAGAGAGAUAUCGCAGGGAAAUAGAGCAGAUAACAGCAGAGGAAGAGAAAUUUAAAAAGGAGUGGGAAGAAGACUGGGGUCCUAAAGAAGCACCCAAGUCUCUAAAAACUGUAACUGCAGAAGUGCACUCUGCCCCUCGUUCCAAACACAAAAUAGAUUUAAAGGGAUUUGCACAUGACCAACUUGAAACAGAUGACGUGGAUGACAUGAACAUGAAGCAGGACAAACAGGGCUUCCAGAAGUAUGUGGAAGAUUUUGAUCCAUAUUCAAUGUUUACCCCAGACCAGAUUAUGGGAAAAGACGUACGACUAUUAAGAAUAAAAAAGGAAGGAUCACUGGACCUUGCAGUUGAGGGAGGAAUUGAUUCUCCAAUUGGAAAGAUUGUUGUGUCUGCCAUCUAUGAGGAUGGUGCUGCAGACAAACAUGGAGGCAUAGUGAAAGGGGAUGAAAUACUGGCUGUAAAUGGCAAGAUAUUAAUUGACAGCAAGCUGGCAGAAGCACAAGCAACUCUAGCAAAAUCUUGGAACAUGGGUGGGGAUUGGAUUGACUUAGUCAUUGCAGCAUCACCUCCAAAGGAAUAUGAUGAUGAAAUGACAUUUUUUUAAGGAAGACUACAACUAUUGAAAUGGAAUCUUUCCUCAGCAGAAACCUGCUGCUCAGUAAAUUAAUAGGAAAUCAAUAACCACAUGAAAUGCUUCUUUAUUGACUGACCUGUAAAUUGAACUAGAAACUUCAGAUAAUAUGAAUAAUUUAUUAUCAUUCUAUAGACAUACAGCAAAACUUUUUUUCCAACACGAUUAAAAAGAACUGCUGACCAGCAUAGUUCAGACUGUGAGCGCUCGAUCUCUUUUUGCUAUUUUGAGGGGCCAAAUUUUGCAGAUCAUCUUUCAUUUUUCCUGGAAAUAGACUCUAAAAUUACAAAUGAAGAUAGAACACAGAUGUCUGUUCCCACAUGCAGCACUUGUGAAUACACAUUCACAGGCCAGUUUGGGUGUGAAAAAAAUUAUAUUUUUACUUCCUAGAUAGUGAUUUUCCUGGGAAAAUAGGAAAGUACACAGGUAACUUCUGUUCUCAUAUUCAUAUAGCUCUCUUAAUGUCCGUUUUUAUGUCUCAGUUUUGAGGUUUUUUUGACCAUAAAGACCUUACUGGUGGAAGAACUGGGAUACCAGGAAUGUGAGCAUUAUAAUGAAUAAUUCUGAUUGUGUUGUCCACACAGGACAGAGAAUCUUCUGUACCAGCAGGGUAAAUAACUAGCAAGUAGCUCAGAUAAAAUCAUUAUGCAUAGUCACACUCAUACUCCUGAGUACUUGUAUUGGUGGCAAAAAUUCCUCCCUCAUAUAGUCAUGGGUGGAAAAUUUGGGUGUGAUUCACAGUCUGCUGUUUUGUACUUUGUUCUCAGUGAGCCUAUAUAUGUAACUAAAGUGUGCAGGAAGCCACUAAGUGUAACUUUCUUCUCUUGGUGAUUCUGUGCCUUAGGUUUGAGUAAAUUCCUCAAGACAUAAAAUUGAUACAAGCUUGGCUUUAAGUAUUAUUACAGUUGUAGAUUUAGUAAUUAUAUUAUAGAGAUACCUCCUUAGAAGUGUCAUCGUCUUCUUCAUUUCUUGUACCUGCCAGUUUGUGUUCUGUAUUUUAUGUUGUGUUUCAAUUUUUCUCACCUAUUCUACUGAGAGACAGUUCAUUGGUAUAUCAGAUUCCCACUGAAGUCUUGCCUUUUCAAGGUUUGGAAGCCCUCCUCUUCUUCAGCACAUAAAAAUAAUAAUUACAUUCCUGAGAACUCUGUAUUUAUAUGCAGAUGUUUACUUAUGUUGGUUCGCUUUCCUUAUUUUCACUAUUCUUCCAGUAUGCCAAUUAAUGUGUGUGGCAGGGUAUAUGUGUUAGAAUAUUUAAAAUGUUGAACUCUUACAACUAAUCCAGAAAUAAAAUUGCAUUU